UCAGUGAACAGAAGGUGCUUCUGCAUGCUUUGCCAGUACAGUACUCUGCUGUAAGGGAAAGAAAACCUUUUCUUUCAAGAAGCCGUCGCUGCCUUCUAAGCCUUACCUUCCAGAUAAAGUGAAACAGCAUAAUGGAAAAAAAUAGUAAAUUAUAAAGAGGCUUAAAGUGAAAAUAAAAUAAAAUAAUAAAUAAAAACGCAAAGAAGGAAAAACAGAAGCCCUAGCUUCUUCUUUUUUUCAGGCGGUCACUGAAUGAAUAAUGAGCUGUCUCAGAGGAUUAAAGGCCAUCGUGGUCACUGGUCACUUCAAGUGAUGGACAGUAAUUUGUGUUGACAGAUCGGAGGAGUCAUUAGCAAAAAGAGUUUUGAGGGCUUUUUUCUUCCCCUCUCUGAUCAUCGCAGCAUUUACUGCAGAGAAGCAGCAGAGGAAGGAUAAAGCUCAUGCAUACAGCGGGGGAAACUUGCAGUUUCUACAAGUCAGCUGAAAGCUACUUGGAAUCCUCUUUCUGGCUCUUUCACAUGAAGAGAACUAAGACAUUGUAAGCUUGCCAGAUUUUUGUGUCAACUGAGAAAGGGGACUGAAUUUGUACCACAGUGGGGUCUUUUUUAGAUUCGCACAUAAUUAGACUCAACACAAAGAGAGCAGCUGAAUAGAGGUUGUCAGUCUCUGGAAAAGGGUGAGUAAGAAUCCUUUCAUAUGAAAUUGGUUCAUGAAGAAAGCUUUUUUUUCUCCUCUCCUCUUACUCCCUGAUAUCUAACAUGAACAAAGUCACUUGUCUUUUAUUUUUAUUAAUUCUCUUAUUUUCAUCUUAGCAAGACUAUUUCUUGCUAUAAAAAGCUCAGAAAAAAAAUUCUAAAUGGGAGUUUAUAAAUAUGAUGUAGAAUUUGAAAGAUUCAAUGGACUUUUUCUCUGCUAUAUUUAGGAAUAUUCAUGCUAAUGGAUUUCCUUCUUAUUGGUCUCUACCUAAAGUGGCUGCUAAGAAAGCCCCCAGGAUUGAUACUGUGCACACUGGGCAUCUUUUUAAAAAUGUUUCCAGUUGUGGAGAGCAUAUGUCCGAAGCUCUGUCGCUGUGACGGCAGGCUAUUGUACUGUGAGUCUCUGAAUCUGACAGAAAUGCCUCACAACCUCUCGGGUAUCAUGGGCUUGUCUCUGCGGUACAACAGCCUUUCAGAGCUGCGUGACGGACAAUUUGCGGGGUUAAUGCAGCUCACAUGGCUCUAUCUGGAUCACAAUCGCAUCUACUCUGUGGAAGAGAAUGCUUUCCAGAGACUGCGCAGGGUUAAAGAACUCAUUCUCAGUUCCAACAAGAUAGAGACCCUCCCAAACACCACUUUCAGACCCAUGCCCAACCUGAGAAAUUUGGAUUUAUCUUACAAUAACCUACAGGCAUUGGAGCCAGAUCUUUUCCAUGGCCUUAGGAAGCUUACCACCUUACACUUACGGUCAAAUGCACUCAAGUAUGUACCAGUGAGGAUUUUCCAGGACUGUCGUAGCAUGCAGUUUCUAGAUUUGGGCUACAACCAACUGCAGAGCCUGGCUCGUAACUCUUUUGCAGGAUUGUUAAAGCUCACCGAGCUGCAUUUAGAGCACAAUGAACUUGUGAAAGUCAACCUCGCCCACUUCCCCCGGCUCAUCUCACUGCGCACCCUCUACAUGCGCAGGAAUAAAGCCACCAUCGUGGUCAGUACUCUAGAGUGGACUUGGAAUUUUCUAGAAAAAAUCGACUUUUCGGGAAAUGAGAUUGAAUACAUUGAACCUCAUGUUUUCGAAAGCGUGCCUAACCUGAAAUCACUGCAGCUGGAUUCCAACAGGCUUACCUACAUUGAUCAAAGAAUUCUGGAUUCCUGGACAUCCCUGACUAGCAUCACCCUCUCUGGCAAUGAAUGGGAGUGCAGUAGAAAUGUCUGUGCUCUGGCCUCAUGGCUUAGCAACUUCCAGGGGCAGCAUGAUAGUACCUUACUGUGUGCCAGCCCUGAAAUUGCACAGGGUGAGGAUGUUCUAGAUGCAAUCUAUGCUUUCCAGCUCUGUGAAGAUCCUGUAGAUGCAACAAUCGACACUGACAUAAACACAGCCACAAAGGAUUGGGCAAAAGGUUACAGUAAAGAGGGACCCACUGUAAGCCCGUAUGAUCUGCAGGACGCAGGAGGUGAAGUGGUGACCAACUCGUUUACUGUGACAGUGGCGAAUGAAGAUCAUGAAAACACUAUGCAGAUCCACAAGGUGGUUACCGGGACAAUGGCACUCAUAUUUUCCUUUCUCAUUGUGGUGUUAAUGCUGUAUGUUUCUUGGAAGUGCUUUCCUGCCAGCCUGAGACAAAUGAGGCAAUGUUUCACCACCCAACGCCGCAAACAGAAACAAAAACAAACCAUGCAGCAAAUGGCUACCAUGUCUGCCCAAGAGUACUAUGUUGAUUACAAACCCAACCACAUCGAAGGAGCCCUGGUCAUCAUCAAUGAGUAUGGAUCUUGCAACUGUCAACAACAGCCAUCAAGAGAGUGCGAAGUGUGACAUUAGUGCUGGGAUUAAAACAAACACACUUUGCACUGCACUGCAGAGGACCGACGGAGACUGUGAUUAUGGAUUUACUGUUGUUACAGCAGCUUCUGAUGGACCUGUUGACUUGAAGUGAGAGGGGCUGUGCAGUGGUUCUUUCACAAAGAUUGGAAAUUUGAGCUUUAAUGUGUCUUUCAAUUUCAGGAUACUUGAACAUCAAAGGACAGCUGAACACAGUUUUUAUUAUGGUAAACCUUCUGUGUAAAAUCUGUUAAGCAGAAAUGCAAGAGUGAACAAAGAUGCAAGUUAUCCUAUUUCUUUUGUAAACUAAAAUGUUUAAAUAAAAACAAAAUGUUAUUUACAGUACACACGUCUUCAGACAUUUUUAAAAACAAAAUAUAAGAACAACAAUCAUUAUAUCAGAAAAUUAUUUUCAUUUUAUGGCAAUUUGCUUUGGAAGGCUGAAGUGUUUUGCCCUUCAUUUUAAAUUUAAGCAGUACAGUGCUAUAUACUGUAUUCAUUGUGCACAGAUCUUUAAUGUUUUUCAUUUGGAGAUCAGAGACCACAUAACGUAAUUACAUUUACUGUCAUCUUUAAACAGUAUAGAGUAUAUCCUCAGCACAAUAAACUGAGUAUAUACAGUACAUUAUGAGCAGAUUCCUUACUUUUAGUUACAAAGCUGAUUUUCUACCAUUUAAAACCAAAUUAAGCUCACGUCGUGUGCUAUGAUCUAACCGGUAUCUGAACAACAGCAAGGACUGUCUUAUCAAGAUUUAAAAUCAAUGACAUUUUGGAAAUAUUAACAAGAAAUAUUUAUAGGUAAAAUCAAGUAACAUCAAGACAUCAUAAUUUAUUUUGAUCACACUUUUGAUGUAUAAGUAUUUUAUAUACACUAUUAAAUCUAUUGACGACUCUGCUCUUUUUGCAAAAAGCACAUCUGCAGAGCUUUAGAGACCUGUGUGGUUGUUUUAACCAUCUUCAGCAUUUGGGAUGAAUGCUGGUGUCAUAUAGCGUCUAGAAGUAAAACAAAGCACAGGCUGCUCUCUAGUGUUCUUACAUCGGCAACAAAACAGAAGACCAACCAAAUUUCAACCAGCGCAUGCAUGCUCUAUUCCUGAACUGAACUCAGGGGUGCAGUGCUGCAGAAGCACAGAGCAUAGAGCAUUCCGCACAGAAAGCUGGUCACUUCAGUAAACAGAGCAAUUACUUUUAAACCAUUCCAGUGUCUGCAUUUGCCAUCACUCAAUUUCUUUCAGAAUGCGUUAUUAUCAAGAGGUAUUUACCCAGGAGGGAGCCGAAAAAGUUUGCAGGGAGACAUAUCUGGACAUAGUUAAAUACUAAAUGUCCAACAGAAAAUAUGAAAAGCCAGAAGGUUUUCGAUUCAUCGUGAAUCUACAAAGAAACAGCCCUAAAUAACACUACUAUUUUGCAGUUUUUCUUUUGCCAGUUUGUUAUUCUGGAAUAAAUCCUAUGGUAACAGAAAAAAAGCACAUAAGCUCCCACUUGUUCCUUCACACUCAUUUCAAUUAUUUCUGCACUUUAUUCUGCAUCUUUAAAUGUCACCUUUUGUCAUUUUGUAACAACACUGCAUUGCAUUUCUCCUCUGUAAUAUAAAAUGAGAAAAUAUAAGAACACAUGAUGGAGGAAUUUAGGAAACAAUCUGUAUGACUUUUCUAUUUAGUGCUGACAUGUUCAUCCAUUUAAUUUUUAUCUAACAAUUUACACUGUGGAACUUGCACGAUAAACACGUACACAAGGGGGUAAAGAGAUUUAUUUAACUGGAUCCUAAAUGGGCAAAACAGAUAUCAAUGUAGAUUAUUGUUUUAAAAUAUAAGGUAUUCAUGUGAAUCUCUGACAGAAUGUUGUUUUAUUUUAAUAUAAAUCAUCUAUUUUAAUUUAUUAUUUUUCUGUUCUAUCAUGAAGCUUAGACGCAUAAAUGCAGUAUUCCCUUUCUUUUGUUCACAAACACAAAAAAAUAAAAGGCUAAACUUUGUAAAAUUCGCAUAAAUUGUACAGCAGAACAUUUUGUGAAUGAAAGCAUUUAGCACAGAUUCCAUGACACCAAGACUAUAGUACCUGAUGUUUUUGUUUCAAUGCGGGUGAAAAUGCGUUGAUUUUACUGUCACGUGACCCCUUGUAAUCCACGCACCAUUUAUUUCUGAAUCUAUUUUUAGUGUUUCUUAAAUACAUGUAUAAAUAUUGUAUUACCCACAGUGUU